UUGUUACUACAGUGACGGAGAAAGAUGCCAGAACCAGCCAAGUCCGCCCCGAAGAAGGGCUCCAAGAAAGCGGUGACGAAGAGCGCCGGAAAGGGCGGCAAGAAGAGGAAGAGGAGCAGGAAGGAGAGCUACGCCAUCUACGUGUACAAGGUGCUGAAGCAGGUCCAUCCCGACACCGGCAUCUCAUCCAAAGCCAUGGGCAUCAUGAACUCGUUCGUCAGUGACAUCUUCGAGCGUAUCGCCGGCGAGGCCUCCCGCCUGGCUCACUACAACAAGCGCUCCACCAUCACCUCCAGGGAGAUCCAGACCGCCGUCAGACUGCUGCUGCCCGGUGAGCUGGCCAAGCACGCCGUGUCUGAGGGGACCAAGGCCGUCACCAAGUACACCAGCUCCAAGUAAACUCCUUCAUCAUCCAACACACAACGGCUCUUUUAAGAGCCACACACUUAAUCUGCAGAGCUCUAGAUCCACUUUCAGCUGUGUCCACACUGUCAUUGGUACGACCAAACUUGAAAC